UGGUUGCGGCUCGCGCGCUGGGAGAGACUGUUACGUAAAACAAAAAUGUUGAGGUUAAUUUAUGCGUCCUUUACGUAUGAAAAAAAGAUGCGUACGUUUUAAACGUUAUAAGCGUCACUGACCGCACACCCCCACUCGUCCUUUACGUUGGGAUGGACGUUAAACAAUCCAUCCACUAGAGGGCGCCAACUCACAUCUGGCUCCGUCCAGCUGUUCUUCUAUCUAUUGCAAAAUCCUGGGACCACAGUCAGAUAAAGGUCUAGUUCCACUUCAGAGCAGGUGUAGAGCAGAGCAGGUGUAGAGCAGAGCAGGUGUAGAGCAGAGCAGGUGUAGAGCAGAGCAGGUAUUUGAGCAGAGCAGGUAUUUGAGCAGAGCAGGUAUUUGAGCAGAGCAGGUGUAGAGCUGAGCAGGUAUUUGAGGGCGUGGUUGGGUGCUCAGAGCCAUUUUAACAGUGGGAGACUCACUCUGAACUCUUCAGCUCUUUAGAUCAGCUGCUGUUUCUACUCUGAUCUCUUUCACACAGACAUGGCCUGCAGCUCAGGGUUUCUCACAACAACUGCUGAGGAUCUGAGGAUAGUGAUGUUGGGGAAGGACGGGACGGGGAAGAGUUCCACUGGAAACACUCUCCUGGGACGACAGUGCUUUGAAACAAACUCUUAUUUUAACCGUACUCCACUGUGUUAUAAGCAGGGAGCUGUGGUAGAUGGACAACAGGUUUCUGUCAUCGACACCCCGGACUUUGAUCGAACCUGGUUUCACGAUCGCCUCAUACACCAGUGUGUCCGUUUAGCUGCUCCUGGACCUCAUGUCUUCCUGCUGGUCAUCCGUCUGGGCAGAUUCACUGAGGAGGAAAAGCAGAUGGUGCAGAAGAUAAAAGAACUCUUUGGCCAAGACGCAGACAGACACUGUAUGGUUCUCUUUACGCAUGGCGACCAACUUGAAGACGCCACCAUCGAGGAGUUCUUGGAUGAAAGUCCAGACCUUCAACAACUCGUGGCCGCAUGUAACGGCCAGUACCAUGUCUUCAACAAUAAGCUGAGGGACCUGAAGGAUCGCUCUCAGGUCACUGAGCUGCUCCACAAGAUCACAAAUCUAGUCCGGAAGAACGGAGGAAGCCACUACACCAACGAGAUGUUCAAACAGGCAAUGAGGGAAAUCCAAGAGAGGAUGGAAGAGCGAAGAUGCAAAGAGAGAAAGGAAGUGACGAGAAAAGGAAAAUGAAUGAAGAAAACCAGACGGAGAGAGGAGGACAUGAAGGGAAAUGAAGUGGUACAAGCAGGUGAAGCAGAAGAUUCUGGAUCAUUAUUAGUCGGAGGAAUUAAACUGUUGGGACUUGGGAGUGUCCAAAUUCAGGAAGUUCAACCACAGCCAGAGCCAGAGGUCCGUUAACAUAUAAAACAUCAAAAGAAUCAUUUCACCCACAAAACUUAAAACAGAUUUUUCUUUUUCAUAAUCUCAGUGAAUGAUGGAGCAGAUUUAAUUUGUUGAGGUGGAGUCCUGUGUAAAGUUAGUCAGGCCGACUCAUCAUGUCUCUCACAUUAUAAACGUGACAACAACAUUACUGGGGCUUUACAUUUAAAUAUUUCCGUUUUUCACUCUGCACUUUGUGUUGUAGAAUAAUCAUCAUCUAUAUUAAGUUUGCAAUAUACAUUUUAUUCUUUAAUCAAACCUGUUGUCAUCUCUUCCUUUAGUUCCACUUCCACAGCAUUAAUAAAGAACCUAGAGCGUGGACAUCUACCUUUACACCAUCCGGACCUUUGACACCUGCAGAACUCAGGAUAUGUCUAUAGUCAAAGUCUUUAAAAAAAAAAAUAAAUAAAAAGUCAUAUAUUCGAGUUUCCUCUCCACAACGGCCGAACAAAGUCUGAAUCAGGCUAAAGAAAGGACACCGACGCAGCCCAGUAGUUUGUCAAUAGGACAUUUUAUUUCAUACGUCUGUUGUCUUUAUUCAAAUUACAGUAAUAUACUUGCUGAGAUGACGACCGGCUGCAGCCUGGACAGCGAGAACUGACAGCUGAACUACUUGAAGCAAACUUUUUCUUUUACCUUUUUUUUUUUCCUCCUUUUUUAAAAUUAUCUUGCAACAGAAAAAAAGCACAUACUGUAUGCCAUGAGAUGUGAUGAGUGGUGGUGAUGUCAGGUAGGUAGGGUUAUAGUGCUGGUCUAAAACAAAAGAAGAAGAAGAAGAAAGAAAACAAAACAGAAAAACAAGAAGGAUAAACGUUGCGCAGUGUACAUGUUGUAAAAGGAUCAGAAUAUGGCACAUUUGGUCCACGUUGGUAGUUUUAUUAUCUCGUUUUCAAACAUGUAAUAAACAAAAAAAGAAAGAAAACAGAU